AUGCGUUUCACAAUUCUGCCCGUCGUCGCCAUGGCUGCCCUGGCUGCAGCGUUCCCAUCUGGCUCAGGUUCCAACCUCCUGGCCAAAAGAUCGAGCUGUGAAGCCACGACCAAGGUUGAAUUCCACUUCAAUGACACCACCAUCGGCACACUGGAUUCCUGCACCACAGAUGUCACAAACCGAGGCGGUGACGCCGUGCCAAAGCUCCGCCGAGACGACAACACCACGUGCGUGGAUGGCCCGUCGACAGACUACACCGUCGUGUCCGGGGAUACGCUCGAGAAGAUCGCGCUCCAGUUCGACUCGGGAGUCUGCAACAUCGCCACGGCCAACGGCCUGACCAAUCCCGACUUUAUCCUCGCCGGCCAGGUCCUGGCCGUCCCGACCGAGGUGUGCGAGGCCGAGGUGGACAACCAGAGUUGCCGGACCGCAGCCGGCACAGCCACCUGUGUCUCUGCAAGUGCCGGAGUGUCUGACACCUACACCAUUGUCAGCGGGGACACUUUUUUCCUCAUCUCCUCGAGACUGGGAAUCACUUUGGACUCGUUGGUCGCUGCCAACCCAGGUGUGGAUGCGAGUGCCUUGGAGAUCGGCCAGGUCAUCAACAUUCCCAUCUGUUCCACCUAA